UAACCCCCUCAGUCCUACCGCUCCAUCUCCUUCGCCUAGUGUUAUCCUCUCUAUUUCUCUGACUCCUGCUUCGUUCUCAGCUCACAGCUCUCAAUCAAACACAAUCUUUGCCCUCCUCUUUGUUCAAUUUUCCUCUCUUAUCGAGAUGCCCGCUGCUAGCCCCAAUAUGCCUGAUCGAGAGGUGGAAUCAUUUGUUGAGGUUGAUCCAACUGGACGCUUUGGGCGCUAUAAUGAUUUGCUUGGUGCUGGUGCGGUGAAGAAGGUUUACAGGGCAUUUGAUCAGGAGGAAGGUAUAGAGGUGGCCUGGAAUCAAGUGAAAUUGACCAACUUUAGUGAAGACCCUGUGUUGAUCAAUAGACUUCUGUCCGAGGUCAAGUUGCUGAGAACAUUGAAAAACAAGUAUAUCAUUGUAUGCUAUAGCGUUUGGAGGGAUCAAGAGCAUAACACGUUAAAUUUUAUCACCGAAGUCUGCACAUCGGGGAACUUGAGAAGUUACAGGAAGAAGCACCGCCAUGUGUCCAUUAAGGCCUUGAAGAAGUGGUCAAAGCAGGUACUUGAGGGAUUGGAAUAUCUCCAUACACAUGACCCUUGUAUUAUUCACAGAGAUCUCAAUUGCAGCAACAUCUUCAUCAAUGGGAACAUUGGCCAAGUGAAAAUUGGCGACCUGGGACUUGCAGCAAUAGUUGGGAGAAGCCAUGUUGCACAUUCCAUAAUAGGGACACCAGAAUAUAUGGCCCCAGAGCUGUACGAGGAAGAUUACACUGAGAUGGUUGACAUAUACUCUUUUGGAAUGUGCUUGCUUGAAAUGGUGACAAUGGAGAUACCUUAUAGUGAAUGUGAUAAUGUUGCCAAAAUCUACAAGAAGGUCACCUCCGGGAUUUCACCCCGGGCCUUGAACUCAGUUCCCAAUCCAGAAGUCAAGGCAUUCAUUGAGAAGUGCAUAGCCCAACCAAGGGCAAGACCUUCAGCUUCUGAACUUCUCAAGGAUCCCUUCUUUACUGACCUCAAAGAUGAUGAGACCGACUCAACUUCCAUUUGAUGGCUUUUCGAGUGAAUUUUCUGCCUCUGAAUAGACAGAAACAGUAAGCUAGUUAAACGAAAUCUUAUCAUAUGCCUUAUGCUAUCAGAGACUUUCUUUACCUAACUGAGAUUCAUAAAUCCUGAUGUACAUAUUGGUAGGUCGAAGUAAUGAUAAUAGAUCUUUCUGUAAUGCCAGUUGAUUUGCUGUUAUGGGUACUCAACUGCUAUAUAACUUCAGUUCCUCC